AUGGUCUCUGACCAAGAAGACAAUGGUACGCUCACUCCUGAGCAACGCGAAGCCCGUGACAAAGAGGCAAGACUACGGGAACAAGAAGAACAGGCUGCCCUUCCUUACUCUUGGACCCAAGAACUAGGAGAAGUAGAUGUGACUGUACCUGUGCCACAGGGUACCCGCGGCAAAGAUUUGGCUAUUACUAUCGACAAGAAGAGGCUCAGUGUUGGCCUGAAAGGUCGGGAGCCCAUUAUGUCGGGAGAAUUAUGCAAGGAAAUCAAGGUUGAAGACAGUACUUGGACCGUUCAGGAUAAUAAGGCUGUCUUGAUUCACUUGGAAAAACUCAAUAAGCAGACUUGGUGGGAGAAUGUCUUAACACAUCACCCCAAGAUCGACACGAAGAAAAUCGAGCCAGCAAAUAGCAAACUCGAUGAUCUGGACUCUGAAACGAGAGGAAUGGUCGAGAAAAUGAUGUUCGAUAACCAGCAGAAGCAACUUGGACGGCCCACUUCUGACGAAAUCAAAAAGAUGGAGGCUCUGAAAAAGUUCCAAGCUGCUCAUCCCGAGCUCGAUUUCUCCAAGGCUAAGAUCUCUUAA